AUGGAAUCUUUAGCUCAAUAAAUUAAGUCAUUGUAAUAAAAGAAUUAAGAACUUUCUUAGUUAGAAAAUAGGCUUGUUUAAUUAAAAUAAUAGUUAAAAUUGCAAGAAUCGAAUAAUCAUAUAAUUUAGUAGAAAGUUAGCAAAAUUUUGGAAACUAAAGAAAGUACUUUUAUUGAUCAAAGAGAUGUAGUUUAUUUAUGAUAAUAAUUUUAGUUUUUGAAAUAACUUGAAUAAUCUUAAAACUUAAAAGAUGCUAAUCAUAAUCGUAUUCGUUUGAUUAGGUAAACAUAAGUUGAUGAGACCAUGAGAUAAAAAUAAUAAUUAUCCGAAGAUAAACUAAUUAGAACCCUUACUUAAAAAAAAAACUCCCAGCUCUUAUAAUAUCAACUUUAAAAACUAAAAGAUCAGGAGUUAUAUAAUAAACAAUUAUAAUUUAGCAAGGUAAGUUUCUUAUUCAAGUAUACUUUAGAUUUCAGAAUGGGAAUUUUAAUUGAAAUAAGAUCUUGAAUACAAGAAAAACGAAAAAAUUGAAAAAAUUAGGGCUGAAUAAUAAUAAUAUAAAGCUCAAUUGUCAUAAAAAUUAGAAUAACAAUUAAAAUAUUAAUAAAAGCUAUAAGAUGAAGAAUAAUAAUUAUUAAGGUAACUUUUUUUUGCCUAAAAUAUAGAAAAUUACAUAGCUCAUAAUAAAUUGCUUAAAAUCUAAAAUAAGAUUUAAGUUAGGCAUAAAACCUAAGCAUUAAGUUAUAUCAUAACUCAUUGACAACUAUCUCUACUUCAAUGAAAUCUUAUAGUGUACCAAAAUUAACAAAGAAAUAAUUAGAAAGUCCUUAUGCUUAAAUUCCUGCUAUUCUUAAAAUUAAAAUAAAUAAGUAAUCUUAAAUAUAAUAGUAGAGAGAAAAUCUAUAGAGAUAGUGAAAAUUUCUUCCCUUAUAUUGAAAAACCAAAUUAUUAGGAUUAAUAAAAAUAAAUGGAAAGAUUGUAUUAAUCAAAAAACUUAAUUUCUAUUGGUUAAUAAUAAGACUUUUAAAUACAAAAAACAACAGGACUAUAAUCAUUUAAACAAACUAAUUCAUCUCAUUUUGAUUCAUAAAAUAAUAAUCAUAUUAGUAGCAGAACAAAAUUUUUGAGUUCCACUUAAACAGCUAAAUAGAAAGAUUUUGGUACUACAAAAAUGACAGAUACAAACAGAAGUACCAAUCAAAAAAAUAAUAAUCAAUAAAAAAUAAAUGUUUAAGAAAAAAAGGAGUAGAAAUAGACUGACCCUUUAAAAGAUUCUAAAAAAUUAAAUAAUGAAAAUCAAUUAGAAAAAUAAGAAAAUUUGAAUCAAGAAAAAGAUUAAAAAAAAGAGGAGGAAAAUAAAUAGAAUAUGUAAAAAGAAUCCUAAGAAUAUGAAGAUAAUUACCAAGAAGAAAAUUAUGAAGAUGAAUUUAAUUAAGAUUAGGAAGAAGAAUAAUUUGAAAAUGAAAAUCUGUCUGAUCACAAAGAUGAUCAAUAAGAUUAAGAAAUUUAAGAAUAAUGAUG